AUGGUCAGCAUGGAAGAAAACAAUGAGGUUAAAGAAGAAGAGAAACCACAAGAACAAAGCGAUAGCCAAGAAAACAAUGACACCAAACAUAAAAUGCCGCAAACCACUUAUGUUCGUCUCCGCGGCUUACCGUAUUCGUCAAAAGAAAGUGAUAUCCGAGCGUUUCUUGAUGGUAUUCCGGUCACUACGAUUACAAUGAGCUCUUCGUACAAUGGUCGCCCAAGUGGGGAGUGUUACUGUGAGUUACCGACCAAGCAAGACGUGCUAAAGGCGCUAGACUUUCACUGCAAGGAAAUGGAGGGCAGAUAUAUCGAAAUUUUCACUGUAUCCAUCGAUGAACUCACUAAUCUUAAACGUGCUGGACUUGUAACGGACGAGGGUAAAGUGAUUCGAUUGCGUGGCCUUCCUUUCUCUGCUACAGUUCAGGAUGUUAAGAAUUUCUUCAAAGGGCUAAACUGUGAAGAGGUGGUAUUCGGGCGUACGGGAGGGCGGCCUAGCGGGGAAGCUUUCGUACGUCUCGCCAGCAGGGAUGAAGCCUCCAAAGCACUCGAUUUCAACAAGCAACAUAUGGGAAGCAGGUAUAUUGAAGUUUUCCGAACCACUGUCGAUGACAUGGAGCGGAAUCGCCCUCGCAGCUACGACAGUGGCUACAUUCGCCCACUUUUUGACUCAAAAGGAUAUGAAUAUUCACCGAGAGGGGUUCGUGGAGGCAUGCGAUCAGCUCCGUAUGACAUUCCACGUGGUGGGUAUGGAAGAUACGAUGAUUAUGAUGACUUUUCUCCACCUACAAAGAUAUUCAUGCGUGGACUUCCGUUCGACGCUGACUGUUACAUGAUCGAACAGUUCUUCGCUCCUCUUCGAUGUCUUGAAAUCAGCUUGGGAUUUAACGAUGAACGACGUCCAUCUGGGGACGCAAUGGUCGAGUUUGGCACAACUGCAGAGGCGCGCGAGGCCUUCACCAGAAAUAAGGCUAUGAUGGGGAAGAGAUACGUCGAAUUGUUUGGGGCAAACGAUAUGCCGAGUACUAUGCGAAGACUUACCUGGCGUGUUAUUGGAGGUCAACCAGCACCGAGACCACUCGCACUGCUAUCACCAAGAAGUGGUUACGACUCACCUUAUGGCGGUUCAUAUGGUGGUGGUUAUGGAGGUGGAUACAGUGGUCGAGGUGGCUAUGAGCCAGCAGCACCAGGACCUUUCCGCAGCUACGGCAGCAGUAGUAUCAUGGGUGGUGGCGGAGGUAUGGGCCGAUCAUCGCGUAGUGGCAGGCGUAGCGGAGGAUGGUAG